GCGGGAGCCGUGGGGCCCGUUCUCGGCGGCAGCGGCCUCAGCGGGAGGAGGAGGAGGAUGAAGCGCACGGCGCCCCGCAGCACUUUGCGGAAAAUAAUAAAGAAGCACAAGCCUCAGUUACGCCUGGCCGCUAACGCCGACCUGCUGGUACAUUUGAACUUCUUACUGUUUCUCCAUCGGCUAGCAGAGGAAGCCAGGACAAAUGCUUUUGAGAACAAAAGUAAAAUAAUUAAACCUGAGCACACUAUAGCUGCAGCAAAGGUUAUUUUAAAGAAAAGCAGAGGCUAGAAAACAGACUGCUGGAAUUUGAAAGCAUGUUUUUCUGUGUUUUCUCACUAACGUGAGAUCCUGUGAGCCAGCUUUUGCUCUUGUGCAAGUAUUUAGUUCUAUUGAUGUCUAUCUCCUGACUCUGAGGAUCUUGCUGUUUCUUUAAAAAAAAUAAGAUUCUUACAAUGUAUCUUUUCAUACACUUCAUGCAUAAUUCUAAAAUGUGUGUCACUUGUCAUUUAAGACUUUUGAUGUACCUUGUUUCUUCCAUAGUAAUGGAGGAAUGCCUAUACCAUAGUCACUCUUUAGGUAUGAUGUGUCAUUUAUUAUUAGAAGUGUGAAACUUUUAAAGAACAGUAAUAAAAAUGCAGGUUUCACUAAAUCCAUUAUAGAUUAUGCAGUUCAAAGCAGAUUUACUAGCUAAACAAAAACUUGGCUUUCAAAAUAAUUGCUGUAGAAACUAAUGUAUUAAAAGUCUUGGCUUCAAUUUAUUUAUAAAUGUCUUAAUAUUUUUUAAAUGACUUUGAAAAGUAGGCUAAAACUUCUAUGUUCUGGGGAAAGAAUACAUAUUUUGUAUUUCUAAAUCAUGCCCUGAACUGUUAAGCAGGCCUGUUGUUUGAUGUGGUAUAUGAGACAAGUUGGUGGUCUCUAAUUCAGUUGGUGUGGACAGAUGCACAUUAUGAAAAAGAAAAGAUCUGGCACAGCUGAUGUUUUCGAAGUUAGAUCCUGUACAAAUAGUGAAGAUAAGUUGGCAUGAGUGCCAAGCUACUUCCUCCCCCCUUUUGAGUGUCAUCCUAACUUGUCAGAAGUCUGGAAAUGUACAUUAUAUAAAAAUAUCUUUUUAAAUUAAAAUCAUAUUCUAUUCCUAAUCUGAUAUUUUUAAACAGUUGCUGAACACUUUGCUUAAUAAAUCUUUUAAUAAAGAUAUAGCUGAAUCUCACAGUUUGAGCUGAUCAUACAGUUUUGUGGAAUACGUAGUAGCUGAUCCUUCAUAUGCAUAGUGAGCUAUUCUUAAAAUAAAGAAUU